AUCUAUAUUUUUAGAUUAAAAGACGCGAUAUGCAAUUAUGACGCCUUUCAACGUACUAUUGUAAUGUGUUACGUCGGUUAUUGAAACAGUUAAUGGAAAAUUAUUUGUUUCUUAUCUUUACCUGUCUGAUUUUUUUUAUCGGAUAGUUGAUACGGCAUACAUCAAUUAUUACUGAAGAUGUUAAUUAGAUAUAAAAGACUCAUGUUAAAGUUUAAAAUCAAAUAAUUUCCCAAUCACAUUAGAAACGUCAGAGGCGUAUCGCUUUCUAGCACUUAUCUGCUUGAUCAAUUAGAUUACAACAAUAAAGAUUAUGGCAUUAUCAAAUGCACCUGUCAAUGAAUGGACUCCCAUUAAUAUUCAGCAGCUGCGUUUGAACAUCGUUUCGAAUGUCAUCAUCUGAAUCAUAUAAAUACUUCGACAAGUAGCUUUAGAAAGUAGAGCCAUUGUAAUAUUUGCCCAAAAUGUUUCGGCUGCUCGUUAUUGCUUGCUGCGUUUAUGCGGCUAACGCUACAACUGACGACUUUGGCCGUCAGCGAAUAAUCAAUGGCGAAGGAAUCACGAUAGAAAAAGCUCCAUAUCAAAUAAGUAUCAUCGAGGAAAGUAGCCUUAAACUUAUAUGUGGCGGUAGCAUUAUUUCCAGGGACUACGUUCUUACCGCAGCUCACUGUGUUCAAUCGCACCCUGAAUUUUUGAAAAUUCGUUCAGGCUCAAGUUUUUCUGUUCUGUAUGGCAACUUGCACAAAAUCACUAAAGUUAUCGAACACAGUGGAUUCGGCAUUAUCAAUAAGGGUGUAUUAUUCAACGACAUCGCACUUGUGAAAGUUUUUCCUCCGUUCGGCCUGAAUGGUAAGACAAUCAAGAAGAUCGAACUGUUCGAAUCGGGAGAGAAAGCAAAUAUCGGUGAUGAUGCUUGGCUGACUGGUUGGGGUCUAACUGAAUACCACGAGGCAGCUUACGUAUUGAAAAGCCUUAAACUCAAACUGAUGAACACAAGUACAUGCUCCAGCAAUUACUCCGACGCUGGUGGAAUCAGUCAGGGACAAAUCUGCGCUGAAUACCCAGGUGGUGGUAGAGACGCUUGCAACGGUGAUUCUGGUGGUCCAUUGGUGAUCAAUGGCAGACAAGCGGGUGUCCUUUCAUGGAGUGGACCCGGCUGCGCUCAACCCGGUCGACCUGGCGUCUAUACCGAGGUUGCGGCUUACCGCGAUUGGAUCGACCAGCACAUGAAUUCUGUGCCAAGUCGCAUAAUUCACGGAGAGACAAUCGACAUCAAGGAUGCGCCCUUCCAAGUGAGUCUCGUCCGUAGAGAAAGUAGAAGGCACACUUGCGGCGGAAGCAUAAUUUCGCCAAACUACAUCCUCACCGCAGCGCACUGCGCAGAUCUGCCAGCAAGUGGGUAUUUCGUUCGUUCGGGUUCGAGUUUCUGGAACCGCGGAGGUCAAUUGCACGAAGUUGUCGAGGUUAUCAAGCACGAGGAAUAUGGGUCAAACCAGUUUGGUAGCCCAGGUGGUCUACCUCAAAAUCAAAUAUGCGCAGCUCAUCAAAUAGAAUUAAAGGACAUGUGCAAUGGUGAUAGCGGCGGUCCUCUGUUAGUUGGUAAUCAUUAAGCUGGUAUUGUAUCUUGGAGUGGAACUCCUGGUUGCGCUUUACCUCAGUACCCAGGUGUAUAUAUUGAAGUUGCGGCUUACUACCACUGGAUUAAGAAUCGAUACAGCCCGGUGGUCUUUGGAUCAAUCAAGAUGCUGCUACACUUCCUAUGGCUAUCCCCAGUUCUCAUGACCGCUAGUGUUAGUGAAAUGAAAUUUCCCGAUGGAGUUAUAGUAGGUGGUUCAAAUGCCCUCAUCACAAAAUACCCAUACCAUGUAUCUAUAGAGUAUUUAGGAUAUCACUACUGUAGUGGUAGCAUCAUCCACAGUUUCUACAUCAUAACUGCAGCUCACUGUGCAAUACACGAACCGGCGGAUUUGACGGUUCGAGCAGGCUCUUCGAUGAAAAAUCAAGGUGGCACCAUUCAUCGCGUGGAAAAAGUAGUUGCCCACGAGAGGUACGUCAUCAACGAACAUGGUAUUCCCGUGAAUGACAUUGCCAUUAUCACGAUCAUAGAAGGUUUCGAUUACGACGAUGUACAUAAAAAAAUCAAACUCUUCGACUUGAACGAGAAGACAGAAUCUGGUAUGAAAGCAGUCAUCACAGGUUGGGGCAACCCUUUCAAGGGAUUGCCAUCUCAAAUGCAAACUGUCACCGUGCCGAUAGUCAAUAGGACAUCGUGCAGUAAAGUUUACAAAAAUUUUGGCAAAUUACCUCCUGGACAGAUCUGCGCUGUUUAUUAUGGGGAAGGUGAAGUCUCUUGUCAAGGUGAUUCCGGUGCUCCUCUGGUUAUCGAUGAUCGGCAGGCUGGUAUUGUCAGUUGGGGAAAUGGUUGCGCUAAGGAAGACAGUCCUGGUGUUUACACUGAAAUCGCUUAUUUUCGCUCGUGGAUCAAUGAACACGCUAUCAUUAAUCUAUGUCAAGUACAUAGCAAUGGAGUACCAUUGCCAGACAUGUCGUUAGUAAACGUUAAUGACCGUGACAAGAGCAAGUUCAGCAGUGAUCCGAACAAGAUGUUUAGCUACGUGUUGAUCUUCGUUUCAGUGGCUCUUGCCAAUGCGGAACCAAGAUUCCCAAAUGGUCGAAUCAUUGGCGGCCAGAAUGCCCUAAUCGAAACCUACCCUUACCAGGUGUCGAUUCAGCAAUUCGGUACGCAUAUGUGCGGUGGCAGCAUAAUCACCAAAGACUACGUCCUCACUGCCGGUCACUGCGUAGAUACACCAUUCCUCGUGACGAUACGAGCUGGCUCAUCGACGAGAAGCUCCGGUGGUAGCGUCCACAAGAUCAGCACGAUUACGCGCCACGAAGACUUCAAGAUUAACCGCAAGGGCAUCCCCCUCAACGACAUAGCCUUGAUCAAAGUCACAUCUCCGUUCAAGCUUGAUGAAACGCGGCAACCGAUCGAUUUAUUUAACGUCGGUGAAGAAACGACUCCUGGCGUGAACGGGACUAUUACUGGCUGGGGUACCACUGGUGGCCGUUGGGGUACAGCUGCGCACUUACAGACCGUCAAUAUUCCCAUACUGGAGAAGAAAGUAUGCAACACCGCUUACGAAGAAAUGGGUGGGAUUCCAGAUGGGCAAAUUUGCGCUGCUUACUACGGUGUAGGUGGGAAAGAUGCUUGCCAGGGCGACUCUGGCGGUCCGCUUGCCGUAGACGGUCGUCUUGCUGGCGUUGUCUCCUGGGGUAAUGGGUGCGCUCAGCCUAAGUAUCCCGGUGUGUACACCGAAGUCGCUCAUUUCCGCGAAUGGAUCGACAAACAUAUUACUUUUUAUUUCUCAGAUCCAAUCAGAUCACAUAACAUCUUUCCCAACGGUCGUAUCGUUGGUGACGAGGAUGCUGAGAUUGAGACCUAUCCAUAGCAAGCAUCUCUUCAGUACAAUGGCAAUCACAUCUGUGGUGCUUCGAUCAUCUCAAAAGACCUCAAUGUCAAAAGACUCAAAGUCCUUACAGCUGCUCACUGCAUCAUCGAUCGUGUAAAUACACUCAGCGUCCGCGUGGGUUCAACCUACCGUAAUAUAGAUGGCUGUGUUUACGAAUUCGAGGAGAUCAUCGUAUACGGAAACUACUAUAAAAACUCCUAUGGGGUUCCAUGCAACGAUAUUGCCCUUUUGAAACUGGAGACAUCGAUCGACUUUGACGACACUGCCCAGCCAAUCGACUUGUACAAAUUGAAUGAAAAAGCAACUCCAGGUGUGAUCACUGGUUGGGGGCAUACAGAAAACGGUGGUAUAGCAUCCGAUCAACUGCAAAGCGUCGUCAUCCCGAUCAUAACCAAACAGCUCUGCAACAAAGCUUAUACUAAGGUUUUCGGUGGACUUCCCAAAGGUCAGAUUUGUGCUGCUUAUUAUGGCAUUGGUGGUAAGGAUACUUGUCAAGGCGACUCUGGUGGUCCUCUUGCCAUCAACGGUCGCCUUGCUGGUUUUGUCUCAUGGAGUUAUGGAUGCGCUCAACCUUACUACCCUGGAGUUUAUACUGAAAUCGCUCACUACCGUGAAUAGAUUAACAAGUACGUUCAGCUAUAUUAA